UUGUCACAGAAUAGUUCGUAUUUUAUAGUAAAUACUGCCAGAUCUGCAAUUGUUCAAACACUGAAUAUUAUGAAAAAUCGGCCUUUAGUGGCUCGGUUUAUGAAGGGUUUAUUUGUCAAAAUACCUCCAAGACCACGAUACUUGUUUACAUGGGAUGCAUCAGUGUUACUGAAGUUUCUUGGUUCCAUGUAUCCACUGGAUAAAUUGUCACUAAAGGAACUUACCCUAAAAACUGUUUGUUUGUUGGCCCUGUCAACUGCACAACGAUGUCAGCUUUGUCUUGUUUGA